GGUGAAAUUUGAAGUGUACCUUUGAAUGGGAAAGGUUUAAAGCGCACUGAAGGUGAGAUUUCUUCCCUUUUUUGUUGUUUUAACAGGAAUUCAUACCCUCAUAUGUUGUUACAGUACAACACUCCAUCCUGCCACCACUGUGUUAGGUGGGUGUUCUGUGUGGUACCCACAUGGCUUGUCUUUGAUUUUUUACUGUAUAGCCUGGGCACCGGCCUUUCGGUUAUCUCUUUGUUGUACAGGCUUAUUGAGGGGGUGGUAUGCCAUUGCGGGAUGCCAGACAAAGCCACGCGCUUCCCUUCCUUCUCCCUCUCUGAGGAAAGGGCAGGCAAGGACGGGGGGUAUUCCUAUCUGCCGAUAAGGAUGCUUCUGGCCGCGCGUGGAUCCUCGGUAAUAGGAAUGUCAAUCUGUGUGGAAACCGUCCCCUGA